AUGCGUCUGAUCAACAUCCGUACCGAAAAACUGGAGGAUUUCGUCGGCGGGACUCCUGCGUACGCCAUCCUCUCACACCGGUGGACGAAUGACGAGCCCACUUUCCAACAGUACAAGGCCGAUCCUCUGGCAUGUGGUGGGAACACCAAGAUCCGCGAUUUCUGCCGCCUUGUACGAGACUCCAAAAACGUGAUGCACGGUUUGCCACAGGUGCAGUGGGCCUGGGUCGAUACUGUCUGCAUCGACAAGACAAGCAGUGCAGAGCUGAGUGAAGCAAUCAACUCCAUGUGGGACUGGUACAAGCGUGCAAAGUGGUGUGUGGCCUAUUUGUCGGAUGUCAGUGUUCAGGACCUGGAUUUGAGAAAGGACAGAGACAUCAUCCGCCACUCCAUCCAGAGCAGCGAGUGGUUCACAAGAGGAUGGACCCUCCAAGAGUUACUUGCUCCACAAAGAGUUGCCUUCUACUCGAAGGAAUGGUCCUACUUGGGAUCCAAAAGCCCCCACAUUCCCAGUGCGCUGAGCAUUCUGAGAGACCCGUUGGACAUCGUCAGCACCAUAGAGAUUGCAACCUCCAUUGACGGCAGGAUCUUACGAGGACACAAACCCGUACAGUGGGCUUCCGUCGCGCAGAGAAUGAGCUGGGCAUCGCGGCGAUCCACUUCAAGACCAGAGGAUGCUGCAUACUGCCUACUUGGGUUGUUCGACCUAAAAAUGCCUCUGCUUUACGGCGAAGGCGGCCCGAAUGCAUUUCGACGGUUGCAAGAGCAGAUCCUUCACGAGUCUGACGAUGACUCCAUCUUCGCCUUCCAGCUAGGCUCCAUGGGCGCAGCGCUCGCCGACUCCCCAGAAGAUUUCAAGGGUUGUGAGUACAUCGAGCGAGUCCAAACCAAACGUCGGAAAAGUUAUGUCGUGGUGCAUCAAAGGUUGAUCCUUUCCUCCCCGGCGAUACAGGUCAAGAACAUCAGAGCGUCCAGUAAAGCCAACAGACGGCAGUUCCUUAUCCGAUUAGACUGUGUCAAAGUGUCCCCAAACAUUGACACUGACAGGAGUCAAUGCAAAUUCCAACUCAUCGGCCUGCAGCAAUUCGGCGACCAAUUCCGCCGCCGGCAAGGGAUCGUGAAUUCGGUCAAAGACAUGACCAAGGCAGAAGUUGACGAGAAAGUCCGUAAGAAUGAGUGGUCUGAAGUUGAGAUGAUGGACUUCUCGAUACCCAUAUCCUGGCGCAUCGCUCUCUGGCGACGUGGGAGGCAUGAUCUUAGAGCACCGCCAGUGCAGACGUUCACGGGACUGGAUACGCCAUACUUUGGUGGGAUUCUUGCUCCUCCAGCCGGACAGACGCUGUUUCGAAGCAGGAGUGACGCUUCAUCUGAUGAAGAUAGAACUCGCAAGGCUAGGGAAGCUUUUCUGAACCUGAUGACUGGACCCGAGGGGCGCUUGCCUUGGGGAGAGUCCCAAGACGCCGUGGAGUCAUGA